GGAUGUGGGUGGUGCCUUAGUUCCGCGCACGCGCCGGGAUGUCCUCCCUGUAAGGGACGGUGUCCGCUUACGGACCCUGGUCUCGGAAGCUCGGUGUCCGUCCUGUCCCGGUUGCGGCUCGGAGCCGCUCGGUAAGUUCCGCGGGGUUAGGACCCCCGGCUCCCCCACUCGCGCUCCAGUGGGCUCUGAUCCAGCGCCUGCCUCUGCCGUUGCCCUGCUCCGCUUGCUUUUCUGGGAUUGUUGUAAUAAAUGCGUGAGCCCCAGCCCAGUUUCUCGGCGCGUAUUGCCAUGCUUUGUCCGCCUCGUACCCGGAGUUUGAAUCUUGUCGGCAGCACCUCCUCUCUCGCAAAUAUCAACAUUGACUUUUCCUUCCUCCAGCAUUCACGUGUUGUGAAUCCUAUGGCAUGGCGUUCAUCACCCUGCGGAGGGCAUUUUGUCAUACGUCUGUGUUUUGGAUACCUGGAGCUGUGGUUGCUCUGAAAAUUCACUCUGCCAGUCAUGUCCAAAAAGUAGUCACAAAUCGCCUCCGUGUGUGGUUCUGUUCCCUACGACCUGAGCUGUUCAGGGUCAGAUUCCAUCACGCAUACUGUAAAAACUUCCACUCAGAAAACGGAAAUGACCUUUAUCUCGCACAGGAAUGGAACCAGCCAGAACAGAGUCUUCAAAACGAGGAUGAAGAGAUGGUUUUCAGGAGACUAAGCAGGUUCGCCUCCUUUGAGGAAGUGCUGAGUUUCAUAAGUGCCCUGGACACCCUCCCUGUUCCUCUGGCAGCAGCAGCUCUACUCAGGAUCUGUGAGAUAGGGAAGAGAGAUGGUGAGCAAAGGCUGCCGGAAGGAGUACUAGAGAACCGCAUCUUCCGGGCUCUGUGCCUCCAGUGCGAGCAGGAUCCCUCACACCUGACCAAUGCUGCUUUGGUGAUGGCUUUGCAGUCUCUGCUUAUAUUGCUGCCUGUAGAUCCUCAGAGUAGCCUGGUGCUGAGCCUCGUGGCAGAAUGCCAGCGUCGUCUCCGAAGAGGCAGCCUGGGAGUCCGCCAUCUCUGUGUUCUUGGGGAAAGUCUGGCCAGGCUUCAAGGUGCGAGUUGUGAGACUCUGAAACUGGUUAUCUGUCAACUGCAAAGUGAAAAUUUGGAAACGUUUGCCCCAGAAGAUAUUGUGUCCAUUUAUAGAAUUCUGCAGGCAUGUCCUGAAGAGGCAGACAAACACCAGACGUUUUUAAACACUGUAAACAACUUCUCCAUUUCAAUAGUUCCCUACCUGAGCCCUAAAUCCAUUAGCCAUGUUCUCACCGCCUUAGUGGCCCUGGACCAGACACAUGCACACCCACUGCUUACAAAGUUGGGCAAGUACGUUGUGAGAUACAUUCCCCGCUUUACGAAUGAAGAGCUCAGAAAGGUCUUGGAGGCGUUCGUUUAUUUCGGGUAUGGUGACAGGUUUUUCAUGGAGGCUUUAGAGCAACACGUGGCUGCUCUGUGCUUCUCCCUGGACCCUGCCGUGGCCAGCUCCAUAAUGGGGUACUGCAGUAGGAAGCGCAUUCUUUCCAAGCCCAUUUUUGAUGUAGUCGCAGAGAUUGUUGUUUGCCAGUUGGAAAGACUUUCACCUAGUCAGAUUUUCGAAUUAAUCGAGCCAUUUGGAAAACUCAAUUACGUGCCACCAAAUGCCCCUGCCCUGUUCAGGAAAGUAGAGAAUGUGCUCUUUGCUCACUUCCAUCACUUUCCACCAAAGAUGCUACUGAGGCUUCUUCAUUCGUGUGCACUGAUCGAACGCCAUCCCAUCAACUUCAUGUCGAAAAUAUUCAGCCCCUUUUUCCUUCAACGUCUGCAAGGUAAAGAGUCAUAUUUGGAUAGAUUGAGCCUGGCACAACUGACUCAACUUUUCUUAACCUCCGUUCUAGAGUGUCCAUUCUAUAAGGGCCCCAAACUUCUUCCUAAAUAUCAAGUGAAGUCAUUCCUCACUCCGUGCUGCUCCCUAGAGACGCCCAUGGAUCUUCAUCUUUAUAAGUCUGUGGUGAUUGGACUGGUUGAUCUUUUAGGAUCAAGAUUGUAUUUUGCUUCAAAGGUGUUGACACCCUAUUAUUACACCAUAGAUGUUGAAGUUAAAUUGGAUGAAGAUGGAUUUGUAUUGCCAUGUUCAGUGGAUGAGGAUAUCCACAAAAGGUUGGCGCUGUGUAUUGAUGGGCCACAGCGAUUUUGCUUGGGCAGUAAACACUUACUUGGAAAAGAGGCCAUUAAACAAAGACACCUGCAGUUACUUGGUUACCAGGUUGUUCAGGUUCCCUAUCAUGAAUUGGAGCUGCUUACGUCAAGACUUGAGUUGGUGGACUAUUUACAAAGGAAGCUGUUUUCUCAAAGCUCCACUGUGCAUUGGUGACAGAGGAAGCUGGCUUCAGGAUUCACAGUGAAAAAGAUGAUGUUUGUAAGAGAGAUAGUUUAAUCUGUGAAAUAGCCACUCUAUGGAAAUUAUGUUUACAGACUUGGGAUCUGAAAAGGGUCUGUAGUUUUUCUUAUACCAUGUAUAUGUAUGUGUAUUGGUGGUAAAUUUGAAAUUAAUACUAUUAAUACUAGUAUCUUAGAUGCCUUCACCGCAUCGAGCAGGAUCAUUCAAAUGCAAUAAAGCAACGUAACAAUUAAUUGUCCAUAUUGUUUUAGGAGUUAUCUGCUAAUAAAAAUAUAUGUUUUAGA